AUGGAAUUUAAAAAUAAGUUUGCAGAAAUUUCAAAUUUCAAUACUCAUAUGGCUUUACGUAAUCUACGACCACCUGGUACUCGUGAUCGUAAAAUUCCUUAUGGUUAUGGAUUUAAUCUUGUCUCAUGUCCCAACUAUUCUUUUGAAAUUUUAGCAUGGAUUAGUAUAUGUAUUUUAACAAAAUCACUUGCAGCAUAUCUUUUUACUAUUGUUGGAUCCAUUCAGAUGUAUCUUUGGGCUAUUAAAAAACAUAAAAGUUAUCUUCCUACUGAUUAUGACUUUAUUAAUUAUUUAAAGAAAAAAGGACAUAAUCUCGAACAAGAAUUAAAUUUAACUGAGUUAAGAAAGGAACACCAGAAUAAUUUAGAUUGA